AUGGCUUCGGUUUUAACCGAGAGUCGCUCGCCGCCAGGCAGCGGUAUCGCGAAGAAAAAGCUAGGCGCUGCGUGUAUCCAUUGCCAUCGCCGCAAAGUACGCUGCGAUUCCCGCGCCGUGGGUUUCCCAUGCUCGAAUUGUCGUUCCUCUGGGAAAAUCGACUGUCGCCUACACGAAAAGAAGAAGCGGCCGGCUUUACGUUCGGCGCUGAAUCCUGUCCCUAUCCGGCCGCUGUCUCUCGCUGAACCGUCGAGGACGACGGGUCAAAUACCGGCGCAGCAGGCAUUGUAUAGCGCACAAUCGUCGAGUCAGGGCGGCAAACAGAAUGCAGAUUCAAAAUAUCUUAUUGGCAAGGAGCAAACUCUUCAGAAUCAACACCCCCGUCCCCAGUCUCAGUCACUCACUGGACGGGAGGAUCGCCGAGAGAUGGACAACCGUCUUGUGACUUUGAUAGACGAGCAAGAACCCGACCGCCGGGAAAUACAGCGUGGUGUACGUGCGAUUUAUGUGGGACAUGAUGUGUCAAACAUGUCCUUUUUGCUACGCCAGCAGCGAGGCGACGAGGCAUCCUACCAUUUCGCUGGUAAUGAGAUUCCAAGGCGUCGCCUGGAAAUCGGUCACGAUCAGUUGCUGCAAGACGCCUUGACUCUGCCGGAGCAAUCGCUAGCAGAUGAGUUGGUCGACGCGUAUUUCACCAAUGUCAACCGAAACUAUCCCAUCGUCGAUGAAGACCAGUUCAUGACUCAAUAUCGUAACCGGGACCCCACCGAUCCGCCUCCUAUCCUAAUCCUUCAGGCUAUUUUAUUGGUUGGUGCGCGUGUUUCCCGGCAGAAGCAAGAGAAGGAAGAGCUAGCCAAUGUUUUCUAUCGUCGUUGCAAAUGGUUGUUUGAUUCGAGAAUAGAGAGGAACCGUGAUAUUCUGGUGCAGGCUGCUUUACUGCUAACUUGGCAUUCUGACACUGUCGAUGAUGAUGUUGCUGCCAACGCCCAUUACUGGGUUGGCGUUGCUGCGCGAAUUGCCACCGGUCUAGGAAUGCAUCGCGAUCCUGUAUCGAAUACAUUUGCGGCUGGCGAUCGGCGUAUGUGGAGGCGUGUGUGGUGGAUUCUCGUCCAAUUUGAUGUCUUGAUAUCACUGUCAUACGGUCGACCACAAGCAAUCAACCUGGAAGAUUGCGACGUUCAGUCUUUAACAGAGGCAGAUUUUAUUGGCUGUGGUCCGCAUGUACAAACAGACUUUGUCAUACAAUUUGCAGAACUCUGCUCCAUGAUCUCAUAUAUACUCCGAGAACGAUUUGGUUUGAGGGUCAGUGCAGAGCGCAGAAAAGCCAUUUUGCCUAAAGCUGACGAAGCCUUGGCGAAUUGGUCGCUCUGCUUGCCCGAUUCCUUGCGACUACGUGCCUCUGAUAUGGAUGCAUCGUCAGCAAUGCUUCACCUAACAUAUAACAACUUUCUAAUACUCUUGCACCGACCGCACCCAAAGGCAUCGGCAUAUUCAGAAGAUUACGGGCCUCACGAUGCCGAAAUUUGCAGUGCCGCGGCUGGUGUCAUUACAUCUAUUUUCGAAGAGCUGCGGCAGAGGGAUCGCAUUCGAUAUAUCUGGUGCUCAGGCGUGUUCACGCUCUUCACAGCAAUGAUUCAAGUUCGGGUAGAGUUACGUUUUUCGAAUCCCGUCUUGGCCAUCAAUGCCCUUCGCCGCUUCGAUUCUACCCUCCAUUCCCUUCGAGCGCUAGCCGAAUGCUGGUCCAGUGCCGAGACGAUUUUACGUCUAUUUGAAAAUUCCAAACGACUGCAGCAGGACCUGCGUGUCGUUCACAACGAAGUCACCGAGAAGGGUGACGAGAUACGGAGACCAAGCAGGUCCGCCGACCAAACGACUACUUUAUCCCACGCGACUAUUCCAGCGCCCAUUGAUUCUCAGUCAAUCAUGCAAAGCGUGCGCGAUCCCGCAUUGAACUCACUUCCCGCAGAUCCUGGAAACCUAGCUCGCCCAGACAGUAACGAAGUCUGGUCUCCUGACCCUUCUCGAUAUGACCCUAGUAGCGACGCCUUUUCUCGCGACAACGGCGUGUCGCACGUCGUGCAGCAGGAAGACAGUCUGGACCAACCCAGAGAAUAUCUCGACUGGCGGCAACUCUUCCCAUUCGCUGACCCGGAGCAGCCUGGACCGAUAUCGAUUGAGAGCUUCCCGGACAUGGAAGACGAAUGGCGGCAGCUAUACUGGGAGCCGCAAAUGUCGGAUCUCUUCCAAGAAGGGAUCUGGCUGCAAUGA